CAGUUUCAUCAUUCCCAAAAGACACAGUUCUUCGCCAGCUCAAUACAUAUAUCCUGAAUUUCCAGGAACUUUUAUCAUUACAAAAUGCGAUCACAAUCCACAAGCACAAUUUUCCUACUACUUUUGGGAAUUUUUGUCUGCACAAUUUCCGGCGAUAAAGGUGCCAAAUUUUACGGCGAUAACAACAUCCAACCCCCGCGUAAGGCCAUCGUAAACAAUGUGGCCACCUCAAACACGGACUGGCUGGUUAAACGCGUCGCAACCCUGGAAUCCUACUUGAUCAAUGAGCUCAACGAUUUGAAAGACGAGAUGAUAACUGUUCUUAAGAUGUCGUCUAACAUUACCACCGUGAACAUGCAGUUGGACGCGGUGCGAUGGAAUAUGCAAGAGUUGUCGCGAAAUUUCGCGAUAGCAAAGAUACCAUCAGUGCCCAUUGGAUUCGUGUACAUGCAGCUGCCUAACCAGAAGGAGCCAUCUCAACUGUACAGCGGAAUGACGUGGAAGGAAGUCAAGGAAAAAGAUCGUCACUACGAAGCCGUCGAAUUCAGAUACAAACCAGAAGAAAUUAGAGUGUGGACAAGAAUUAAUUAAAUACUUGGAUAAACGGCGACGAUAAAUUAGUUUGUAAUUGUUUUUGUUGUUAUUCUUUAUAUUUUUAAUGUUAAACAUGAACGAUAUGGUUACGCGCAAUGGUGCUUAACUUACAAAAUAAAGAAGUAUUAAAUGUUACAAAUAA